CGUCAGAGUCGGCACGCAGCCCUCGCUCGGCCCCCAGCCCCAGAGACGCCCGCCCGGCCGCUCGCCCCGGCCCCAGCGCUGCCUGGGUCCCUGUGUAGCCCAAUGCACCGCAAUGGCUGUGAGAGCGGGAUCGAUACGCAGCCUCCUCACACUCUCGGCGCUGGUAACAUUACUCUCAACACAGCCCCGUCCCCAUUGGCUGCCGCCAAGCCAGCCGCCGCGCCGAUUGGCCCGGGCCCUUCCAUUGUCCUGACCAGAGAGCUUCGCCGAUUGGGCGCGGCGCGGGACACGUCACUGAGGAUCGAAAGGGCGCGCAAAUAUAAAAGUGAGUGGAGGGAGCCGGGCGGCGGCGGGAUGCAGAGUUCUGAGGCGGCUGCUCGGCGCCGCACCGCCAACCGAGAGCGGCGCGGCCCUCCGCCGCCCGCCCGCCGCCGCCGCGGGCCCCGCGCUCCCGAGGCCGCCCUCCGGCCGCUCCGGGGAGCCCCCGCGCACGGCCCCCGGGGGAGCGCGGAGCGGGACGCGGCGCCGCGGGCGUUCGCGCGUCUCUUCCGUAGCGCCGCCGCCCCCUCCGCAGCCCCGCUUCCCGGAGGCGGACGCCCAGGCGGGGGUGCGGGGUGCCGCGGGGUUCCAGCCCCCGCCCGGCGGCGCGCCGCUCCCCGACCCGCCGCAGCGCUCACAGUCGCAGUCCCGGGAGCCGGGCGCGGGGUCCGACUCCUGCGGUGGGAUCAGUUCUCUCGGGGCGGGGUGCCUCCCGCCGGGGGGCUGCGAGGAGGAGGAGCCGAAGGCGUCGGCGCUCCGUUAUUCCCCGUGGAUGGGAAGGGGCAGGGGGGGGGGUGUCCGAGCGGCCCCCCCGCCGGCUCCAGAGACGUCCCAAGACGCAGCCGGCGGGGCCUGAGCUCACAGAGCAGCCGCCGGCCGUGCCCGCCCCUCGCUGCCCGGCGCUCGUGGCGGCUGUCCGCUGCGCGGGACCACCGAGGGGAAGGAGCGCCCGCUGCCAUCAGCUUCAGCGGUGCGAACAGCCCGCGGCAAGAGCGGGGAUAGGAUAAAGGCAAACCGCUCACCCUUCCCCGAAGGCGCUUACCCGUCCUCACCACAGUAACAAAACGAAAUGAGCUACGCUGCUAGACACCCAAAACCUGGUUCUUACCUCGUCGCUGUUAUUGCAGCCGCUAACACAAGUGGCAGACGGCAUUGCCAGAGCAUCCACACAGUCCUGAGAGGUUCUGUAGCAUUCGAAAUGUGAAAACACUACCAAGCCUUGCGUUCCAGACCCCAAUCCCUUCCAAAACUUGAAUAGAAGGCCUUAAGAGAACGCUCAAUUAACUACUGCACAUCAGCAUGACCAGCAACAAAGUUUAGGUAUUAAGCUGUAUUAACCUGUACAUUACUGAGGCCAUCAGACCAUGGCUAAUGGCACACGCUGGCAGGAACGAGGCACAGUGAAAGGGGAAUCCUCAGAGGAUGGAUUUGAAGUUCCCAACAAAACCAACUUCUCAAAUCGGAGAACGAUGCAGUGCAAGUUCUCACUUAGCACACACUGCUUCACUCUUAGUGAGAGGGAAUCUCGGAGAAUCGCAGCCUACUUACCUUAGGCUUCCACAAAUGGAAAGUGUACAAAUACUGAGAAAUCUCUAAAAAGCCCCAAACCCACAUCUUGAAGUCAUAAUUGUACCGGUUACCAGCACAGCCAGGUCUGAAGUCGAUGCACUAGCAUCCUCUGCUUCCUCUUUAGAUAGAAAUGUGAUUAAAAAGAUGCCAGCUGUGCUGCUAUGAGCUCACUGUGGACACUUUCACACUGGAAUGGCUCAAUUCUCUACUCGUUUGCAUCUGGUAGGUGGACUGAAUCAUUUCCAUAGAGUCACACAAUCGUUAAGGUUGGAAAGAUCAUUUGGUCCAACUGUCCAUCACCAAUAUUGCCCACUAACCACGUCCUUCAGUGCCACAUCUCCCAGGGACGGUGACUUCACCACCUCCCUGCGCAGCCCAUUCCAGUGCCUCACCACUCUUCCUGAUGAUUUUUUUUCCUAAAGCCAGCCUGAAUGUAAUUGUAUCAGUAGGAGAACCUCCUUACAUUUACCCAAAAGCUCACCUGGCACUGUGGUCUCAAAGAAUUAAGCCAUGCAAGAGGCUGUGGGAGGCUGACUGGUUUUCCUACAGACUUUUAGUUUGACCAUCUUGAUCUCCAAGGGACAAACCUUAGAGCUCGCUCUUCUUUCAGUGGGGCAGCAUUUCUAGACAUCUGUGGGACACUGUAGCAAACUACAAACACCUAAAAUGAGCAGAUGCUUUAACUGAGGCUGCAGAUGCUUCUCUGUCAGGAGUUAACAGAUGGGAUGGAGUAUAGCAACACUUCAAGCUUCGAUCCAGAGUGCUACACACCAGUUACUGGUCUCAGUGUCACUCUAACCUUUGCGUUACAUUAGAUGAUAUGAAACAAAAAUUGCAGUUUUCUUCUUUGCUAGCUUACUUCUUUCAAUAUGCUUUUACACGCAGUAUUACUAAGUCCCAUGGAAGCAGGUUCUGUAGAGGCUAAAAUAGAUUCUUGUUUAGGAGGCUGGCAACACAUCACAAAACACAGUAAGCUAAAGCUGUUUGGCCUCAUACAAUGUAAGCCAUCUCCCAAUAAGCAUUUGAACAUGUAGCAGGGCAAUUUCAUUGUUCAAGAUAUAUAGGUGAAGAAGCUGUGGUAUAUAAGUGGCUUCUUCACCUAUGUGUUAUCCAAACUUCUCACCCUUUUCCUCUGAUAAUUCUUCCACCCAAGAAGUCAAAUCUCUCCUCACAGCCUUCCUAAGCAAGUGGGCCAUCCGUGGUUGAGGAACAGGCUCCAGAUUGCACACACUUCUACAUGUCUUCUGAUGGAACAUCUUAAUUAUUUUUCACCUUAUUUCCUUAGUUACUCCAGAGUCCACUGACUUCUGUUCUGUUAAUCUGGAGUCCACUGACUUCUGUGCCUGAGCCACGUGCUGCUGCUUGGUUGUCAUUACUGCAUCCCAGCUUCCUUCCUUCUGCAGCUGAUGCUUCUUUUAAGGCACUGCUGGUGAGAAGGCCAACAAGUUCCAAAUAUUCUAUCGCAAUUAUCAACUGUUUGUCCAGAAGGGGUGGUGCUUUAUGGAAGUCAAAGAUCCUUCCAAACGAUUACCCUAAUUCAAAAACUCGUUUGCAAAUAAAUGCUGAUGGAUACAUGAAGACAGCAGUCCUGACAUCUGAAAUCACGUGAAAUACAUCAAGAGUAAGGAACGCUCGUGUUUUUGUCUCCAAGAGGGUUGUUUUCUCUUUUGGCUAGUUUCUGUCUUGAAGUUUAAAACUUGUCUUUACACAGAAUACGGUGCAAAGCAAAACUGUAAAAAAGCACAAGCAUUUAUUUGGCCUACUGUGCAAUUGCUGCUAACUUUGCACAUCCUGAACUUCCUUAAGGUUUCUUCUGUGCAAACGUGACCUGCAGGGGAGGAAUCAGAAGCAUUUAUUCUCAGCUGUUGUCUAGAACCAACAGUUUUUAAAGAGGGGAUUCUGAUGACGUGACACGUUCCAUAAAGGUUUCUCUUCGUCUCUGCUAUUCAUAUUCCAAGGCCUGUGCAUGUUUUCAUAUUCCAGUGGGCUUCUUCCACUGCCCCGGACUACAGAAGUAAAAAGAAUGUACUCAUCAGUUGCAGAAUCCAGCUUUUUUAUUUUUAACAGAAGCAGCACAUUUCUUCUCUCGUUCACGCCGUGCCACAUCUCUUCCAAUACUUUAUAAAUAAGCCCUCUUCUGCGAACUCUUUUAAAAUCAAAAUCUGCUCUAAAUUACAGUCCAUAUAACAAGUGCAGCCACUGAGAUCGCUUGGAUAGCUUGACAUAACUUGGAUAAUUGAGCCACUUCAGACUUUACACAAAGAGGCCUUCAUGUUCCAGCAUCACAACACAAUCGCUCUGGAGAAAAAAGUUCAGAGAUGGAAUCAAGAGAAAGGCUUCUCACAAGACAGAACCGUUCUUCGAAACAGUCUGUUUCUAAGUAAUAACAGAAAAGUUCCUACUACAUGAAAGUGAAAAUCUUUUAUUUACUUCAAGAUACGCUCCCACUUCAAAACAGCCUCCAUGCAGAUCAUAACUUAAGACUUCUAGCAAAGCGAAGCUGCAAUAGAGAAUGCCAAGGAAAGGAACAGAGACCACAGAGACCAUCUGGUUGACAGUCAUCAAGAGACAGGUGCAGAGCGGGUAUCUGCUUCCUUCCCAGCUCGCCAGUGACUUUGUGAAACACACUGAGAAGACUUCCUAACAGAAUUUUCAAGGAAGCCAAACUAUGUAACGGGCUAGGCCUGAGAAAGACUCUGCUCAUUUGCGCUCUGUGGUUGCUGACAGAGGUGAGAAAAGGAACUUGCAUCAACUCCAUGAGACAAAGAAACGCUGCAGGAUGGGGCAGCACACUUCUCAUGAGGUAAGGUUACUGUGCUAUGUCCCCAGCUUCUUCGAUAGCUUUUGCAUUCUGUGAGGAACACUGUCCACCUACAUUGUUUUUGGCUGGAAGGAAAUGGUUUCAUAGCUUGCUUUGACAAUAAAGAGAUUCAGUGUCAUCAAUGGAACUCCACAUCUUCUCUGUCUGUCCUUCCUACUGAGCAAAGAGAUCCUAGUUUCUUCAGGUCAAAAUUAAGAGUAUAUUACAUUUACAACAGCACGACAACAACUAACAUGUUAGUCAAACCCAAAGCCACAACUAGGCUAUUUUUAACGAGAUCUGAAAACCUUUCUUGACAAAAACGCUACAUUAUCAGCUCAAAAUGAGAACAAAGACUCUGCAAAGAUAGGGCACCCGGUCACACGUACUUAUGAUAGAGCUGCUGAGGAUCUAGACUGCCAUUUUAGAGCAUUUCCAGUCAUACAGGAGAGUGGGUUGUCCACAAUACAUUCAGAAAAAUGUACUGCCUGUAUUUACCCUCUUCCUGAGGCUGCAGUGCCAGCUCCUAUGCAGCCCAUAGGAACAUAAUUCUCCAUUGUCUAUUAAAUGCAGACUUAACACCAGCAUUUUUUUUUUUCUCUAUUCCCUUAGCAUUACUUCUGGAAGAGAUUUCCAUUCAAAGAAAUGAGACAUAGCACGUCUGUAAGUAGCAGUAAUGCAUGGAAUGUGCUUUGCUUUACCUUUCUGGCUGGAUUUGUUCAGAUUGCACAAAGUAAUGUGCAUAUGUUGCCAGCUCUAUUUUAUUAGUGAGCAUUAUCUAGAGAACAGGGUUUCAGAAGGCCGUGUGUCCUUUCUACGCGGAUGAGUAGUUGGCUAUUCUAGAUGUGUGAGUAAGAGGUAACCGAGAGAAGUAGCAGCCAAACAAGGUAACCUCAGAAGACUAAAGGAAAAUGGUCUGGGAGAAGCAGCCAGGGAGCAGGGAUGGGACCGGUACCAGUGCAGUGAUUUCCUUAGCAGGCUUCACCUGUGAAACAGCUGAUUUUUGUUGACAUGUGAGCCCUGCAGACAAUCCCAUCAUCUCUACAGCCGAUCUUAAAUCAGGGUAAGUACUUACACAGUGUUCUCAUCCAUAGAAUGGAUAACAUUUACCCUUUGUAAGAUAUUUUUAGGAAUUAAUAGAUACAAAGUAUUCAAGAAAAUAUAUUUCAUAGCACAGGUGUAUGCCCACACCGUUCAGCUCACAAAGUGGGCAAAACGGACAAAGAUGCAUUAGUUAUAGACUUUUCUUCUGAUGAUCAUUAUGCCACAGUGAAAACGUGUACAGACAGCAAUCAUUUCACUGUGACAGUAACGGAAAUUAUGAUGCGAGUCCUUUAGCAUCCUAUUCCUUAUGUAAAAGCAUGCAACUUCUUUAAAUGCUUCUACGAAGCUUGCAAUGCAGUUUCAGAUAGGUGGGGAACUGCGUUCAGCUCCUGCAGCAAAAGGAGUUCAAGAAAUGUUCUUCCAGGACUGCACUAUUUCUGAAAUCGCUGACCUGUUAAGAUGUUUGCUUUUCUGAGAGCAUAACAUGCAAUGCAACAUCCACUUCUCUCUUCAACUUUCUGGAACCAUUAUAUCGAGCAUUCAAUUCCUUCCAAAAUCUCCAGGCCAUUUAUGUGACCGCACACUCAAGUCUGCAGACAAGGUAACAGUUAUCAGCUACAGUGUUUGCUUCUGUUGAACCUAAGAUGCUGCUGUCCACGGUUACAGACAGUCUCCUCUAGAGGUAUUAGUAGUACUCAGUCACCCUCAGUCCCGUCAAGAGGCACAGAAGCCUCUGAUGCUGCCACUGCUACUGUGCUUCUACACCAGAACAGGUAGAAUUCAACCAGGUCUCAGGUGAUGACAAACAGUGGAGACCACUUUCCUUCUUGUUUCAACCAGUCCAAAACACUCAAAAAAGAUAUGCACUGCUGCAUCUGGGAAUCCUUUAGAUGCCCUCAGUACUACAUGUUACAUUGGAAAGACUCCUUAAACCAGGUACAGCACUGGGACAGAGGUACUAUUACCUCUUGCGUAUGUUUUCCGAAAAUGCACAACAAGCAAAUAUAACUCAGCCCUGUACUCUGGUCCUUUAUACAGAACUCUAGCCAUUUUCUACAACACAGGCUAAACCAUCUAUUUCUGAACAUGUAGCAAGGACCUUAACACCAGUACAGUCCCUGAUAUCAGAAAUCCUAGCAGUAUUAUCUGCACAAGGCAGGAAAAUGAUGUGAAUUUAUGGGAUGCUGAUAUCCAGAGAAAUAGGAGCUGCAGUACAUCCAGGAUCCACAGCGAUGUACAGACACACACUGCGUAUAAGAGGUUACAGGAACUGCUGGGAGAAGCAAAUAUUAGCUUACAGCUUUUAAAAAAAGGAACCUGCGUAGUUUGACAGAAGGACAGUCUUGCCCUUUGGCUGAAUUCAGCCAAAUAUAUAUGGAUUGUCACUGAGAAGUAUCCAUCUCUUCCUUGACAACACAAUGCUAGAAAAUGAACUGUUUCUCAUUUGCACAGAGAACUUUCCAUAUCUCCAGCAACUUGCUACCUUCCUAAUGAGGUAUAGUGCUCAAGAGAGAUUGCAAGCACAAAAUAUCAAAAGCAGUCCUUACAGAGAGAAAACCCUGGUGUUUGGUUACCGUUCUACUGGCACUUUAGGAUUCAGAGUGAUCAAACACCUGUGGCAUGCUCUAUUACAUGCUGUAUUACAGCUCUGCAGCACUACUCAUUUUGGCAUUUACUGAGUGAAUAUAAGCAAGCAGUCACAGAUUACUAACUAUCUUUACUGGACAAACAGUAAGUAGCACCUUUCUCUGGAUACAACUACUAGGACUAUUAGAACAGUAAACUGUAGGCCCCACUCUGGGAAUAACACUUCCUAAACCUUUUUUUUUUCCCUCAACUUUUCUCAGGUUGCAAUUGUCCUGAUAGAGAAAGGGAUAUUUAAAUGUGACAAAAUGUACAGAAUGAAAACAAUACCACACAGAUCCUCCUACUCAGAUGAUAGGUCUUUUGGAACAAAGUUUUUAAGCAGGUAUGACCACCCACCAACCUGGGCUGCAAUAUGCAUUGUAGAGACUGUGCUGCAUGCAGCCCAAAGACCUCUCCAAGCUCCACACAGCAUCAAGGCUCAGCAAGGGGACAACUUCUACCCCAAAUUGUCUUGUGCUACCAAAACCUUAGCACUGACUUUUUGGUGAACAUAAAAUUGUAGCAUCUAUUUAGACCACUACUUUCCAAGGCCAUUUGUCUUUCUACUCCUAGUCAUCUUUACUCCCUAUUCAGGAGUUCUAGAGGCUUUUAGGUCUUUUACAUUAUCUUUUUUUUUCAUUAUUUACAUUUCCACAAGUUUUAGUUCUUUUGAAACAAAUUAAAUCCUUUAUUAAACAUGCCUCAAAUUUCAUCGAGGGAAUGCUGCCAUCAACAAAAGGCAUACUCUUCUAGAAGUCGAAAAGCAAGACAGUUCCAAGAGAAAGUCAACAUGGUGACCUCAGAUUUGUGUAAGACACAACAUGGACAAACUCGCAUUAAACUGAUCCAUGGCACUAUUUAAACAGUCUCUGGUUCAACUUCAUGUAAAUCUGAUGGUUUCCACGAGGGAUAUGGGUGGAUCUGGGAGUGUGGAUUCUCCCAGAUGCUGAUAUGCAUAAAAGUCAUCAGGUAGGUCAAGAUGCUUCAACCACACAGGUAUCAGACUCCUUUAAGGCAAAUGUAACUCACCAUUUUACUGAAGUAUGAAUAAAAAUCAAAAUGAAGAGCGGCAGUAAAACUUUCAAGAACUUCCUUGAAGCUGAGGAUUUUAAUUGUUUGAAGUCUCAUAUGGCAUAAUGGUGAUUGCUCUUUUAACAAAAUUCUUGACACUACCUUAUUUCUUCUAUUACAGCAUAACAUUUAGAUCAUGUAACUGUUCUAGGGCUUCCAAAUAUAAGCAACUGACUAUUCACAGAACUAAAUGGGUGUAAGGGAUGCAUAUAUUCACAUCCAUACAUUUAUUUCCAGUAGCCCAGACUGUCACAAAAGUUCUCCAUUUGAUCCUACAAAAUUCUGACAAGAAAAAAUACAUCUCACGUAGUCCAUAGUACUUAAGGUUUUGAGCUAUCAUCCGUUUUCAAGACGUUAUUAUUUCUCUCCAUCUCCUUAAAAUCCUCAGCACAAAUACUUUUGAAGCCUCUCCUGCACACUUUUUCUGAAUCAACAGACCUUCUGAAGCAUUUCCAUUUUUAAUAAAACAAUCCAUCCUCUUCUGUUUGAUAAUUAUACACCCAGAUGUACUGAAGUCAUUAAAUAGAUGUUUAUUUUACUUGCCCUUAAAAAAACAUAGAUUUCUCACCGUACCAACAUAGGAGCAACUAGUGAAGUAAUUGCUUCUGUGUAUGUGACCAGUAAAAUACACUUUUAUGUCUUUUUUUUAAUAGAAAAAAUAGAGAAGGAAUAGAAAAGAGACACAAAAAAUAAUCCAGAGAUGAGGAAAAAAGUAUAAUGAACACCAUACAUAUCUUUAGCUUUAAGAAAAAAAAUAGUCUGAGAAGUAAUCUGAUUACAGUGUAAAAGCACCUUCCUGGAGAGAAAAUAGUGAGUACUAAAGAGCUCUUUAAUCUAUCAGAGAAAGGCAUAACAAGAAUCAAUGACUGGAAGCUGAAGGCAAACAAAUGCAAAUGGAAAUAAGGUAGAAAACGUUUAGCAGCAGGCAUGAUUACCACUUGUAUUAUCCCGGUACCUGGUAGCCAAGUCAUGGAUCAGGGCUCCCUCACACAGGGUGCUUAAAAGAAAAAGAGAAAAGAAAGAAAGAAAAAUGACAUCUAGAAAAGAAAAACAAACCCCUGCCAGAAGGUUACAAUCAGCACAUGAGAUGAAACAACAUAAUAAAAAUCAAUCACAACAUUACCCAAUAGGACAGGCAACGUUUUCAGGGCAUGGUUUCAAGAUACAAAGCUCUGGGCUGAGAUACCAGCUUAAGGCGUUCUGCCUUGUCAGCUGCUUGUCCCCACAGCUUCUUUACAGCAGAGAGAAAAGUUGAUUCAUUAAAAAGAGACGUUAAAAGCAGGGGUUCCAUUUUUUCUUUACAACAAAAUGCCACUGGAACUGAGGUAAUUUUGCAAGUGUUCUGAUUUUAAUGAAUUUCAAUGAACGCCUUGACCAAAAUUUUCCUACCUGUGUAUCUCAGUAUCAACUACGGUGCUGUUUACAGGACAUUCGAAUUUGCUGCUUUGCUUGUGGGUAAAAUCUGCAUAACCCAGAGAAAAAUAUCCAAAAGCAAAGUGUGAGGUUGUUUCAUUUUCCUCACAGAAAACCACCAGCCCAGUCACCAAAUCUGUAAGGAUAAGGCAGAAUAUCAACUGAAAUUAAAACCUAGCUCGAAACACAUACAAAAUCAACCUUAUCAUCCUUAUCAAUUGUAGCCUAAAAGAUAAAGAGAUUAACUUGUGUUUCCUGAUACCACUUCUCUGCCAGCAGGGCCUACACGCCACCUGCAGUAGUUUACAAACACAGGAGGCCACUGCUGUUUGACUGGGAUGAAAGGGGAAAGCUGAGAGCAAUACCUGUUCUAAGUUAUUUUCCACGUAUUUCUGAGAUCAAGAAUCACAUGGAUUGCCCCGAAACUCAUCAGGGAGAAAGCUGGGAGACCU